AUGGCCGGGUACGAGGAGCUCGACCCCCCGGCGCGCCGGCGCCCGGGCGUCGUCCUGGGCCUCGCCGCCCUCCUCGCCCUCGGCACCAUCGCCAUCGGCACGCGCCCGCGCCCCCCGGCCCUCGCCGAGGCCGACGAGGCCUUCAAAACCGAUGUGAUCAAAGUUUGGUACGACAACGGCGACGGCAUCUCAAUGCCUAGGACGACGCUCUUCGCGUUCGUCGCGCCGUUGCUCCCGGAAGGCGCGACGUUCGAGGGAGCGACGUACGACGGCCUCGACGCGCUCGCGGCCGAGCGGCCCUUCGCGCCCGGCGACGUCGUCAUUUUUAGCCUGCGCGCGAACCUCGCGGUGAACGCCGUCCCCGGCGGCGGCGACGUCGACCCGGAUUGCGCGUACGCGUGGUCCGGCGCCGACCCGCUCCUGUCGGCGCCCGCGGUCAUGGCCCUCUUCGAGCAGGACACGCCGCUGACCUUG